AGCUCAGGGUUCAGGCAAGAGAUCACACUGAAAGAAAGAUGUGUAUAGUUACUGGAAGGAUCAGGUAGCACCAGUUUGGUGGAUGGAAUCAUUAAAGAUUUAACAAGAGAUGUCACAUGCAAGCUGAAAUAUGGGUGACAAAUGCCAUUGUUUGAUGCAUUUGUGAAACAAAUUUGUUUGAAAAACUGAAACAAAAUGGAGGUACCUCUGGAAGAGGAAGACAGCACUUUCACCAACAUUUCCUUGGCAGAUGAUUCAGAACUUCUCCCAGAAGUCCUGAAUCCAGGAGUGGAAAGUUCCCAUACCACAAUGAUGAAUGCUGACAUGGAUGCUGUUGAGGCUGAAAAUCAGGUGGAACUGGAAGAAAAAACACGUCUUAUUAAUCAAGUUUUGGAACUGCAGCACACGCUCGAAGAUCUGUCAGCACGAGUAGAUGCAGUUAAGGAAGAAAACCUGAAACUCAAAUCAGAAAAUCAAGUUCUUGGACAAUAUAUAGAAAAUCUUAUGUCUGCAUCUAGUGUUUUCCAGACAACUGACACAAAAAGCAAACGAAAGUAAGGGGUUGAUUUCCAGAUUACGCCAUUGUAUUGCUGCUGCUUUUUCUGUUUUCAUUGACAUAGGCUACAUGAGUUAAAAUACCUUAGUUUGUGGCAUCCCUGGAUAUUUGAAGAUUAAUGGCUAUUAUAGACAGUUAAAAACAUUAUCAUAAACAACUGGAGCCAUGAGUUUGUGUAUUGUUAGCCUUUGAGCAAUGUGCAAAUGUAAUGUAGAGACUUUAUAACUAGACUUGCAUAUUUGUUUCAAAAAUCAACAAUGGCAUGUCUUGUCAAAACUGGAUUCAGUUUGUCAGGUUAAGCAAACAUCUGACUGUCAACUACUUUGAAGAUUUUAGGAUAGUGUCUUGUAGCAGAAUAAUACAAUGAGGUGUAAAAUGGUGUUAAUCUUAUUUUAAAUGAACAUUUAAACUUACUUUGCACCACCUUUUCUUCAGCUCAAAAAAUAAGUUUAGGUAUCUGUCUAGAACACUCAUUACCUUCACAGAUGAAAAAUGACCAUUUUAAAAAAAAUAUUUUGAACAGGUUAAGGAUUUUCAUGAAGUAGUAGAGAACAGUCACAUCUCUAAGGGUUCUAAUGGCUUCCUUGUUCUUGACAAACUGAAAAUAACCUGUUUGUAAAAGAUUUUGUGAGGAGUGCUGAAUUAGUGGGAUGUUAAACUGUUUACAAUGUGAUAUCUUUCACACUUCAAACCAGUUUAUUUUCUAACUGCUGGCAGUUUUUCUGUUAGCUAAUGUCAUUCAAGGAGGUGGUGUUAUGCCAUGUUGAGAACCACUCAUCUUAGCAUUCCUGCUUUUAUACUGGGGGCUUUGCCAGCAUAGCUAUAUUGUUUUUUCACACCCUGAUGGACAUGGCUAUAUUGACAAAUCUUUGUAGUGUAGACCUGGUCCUAGCCUCCAUGUGCCACUGGAGCCGUAUGUAGGUGCCGAAAGCUAGCCUACUGUUUCAAACAUCAUUUGGUGCUCGAACAGCCUCCUUAUACUGAUUUCUGUUUCCAUAGGUAGCAACUUCCAGUUUUUGCACUAAUACACUUCCAUGCUAUUAGGAAGGGGUAGAAAUUGGUAGUUAUGUCUUUCUGAGAUGGGAUAUUCUGGCUACAUUAGUAUUUGAAAUGCUGUUUCAGCAGUUUCAAGGGGCUCAGCAACCAUUCAGUUUUCUAGGGUAGACGUGUUAAAUGGUCUGCUGUUACUAGGAUUGGGCUGCAGUAAAGGUCAGCAAAGUUUUUUACAAAUAUUUCUAGUGUACGUCAGUAUUAAUAGUGAAAAAGCAAAAGGUACAAAUAGGUAAGAUUUCAUUUAUCAGUAUUGAAACUUACACAUCCCUCCCAAAUGUCUUUGUAUCAAGCUAGUUGAUUUGCUGUGUUUUUAUGAAUGUUAGUUAAAACAUCUUUUCAAUAAUGGAAAUCACUUUUCCCAUGUUAAGAGGUAAAGUAAAAUGUGUUAUUGUCAAGGCUGCAUUUCAUCACUACUGUGAUGGAUUCUGUAAAAUAAAAACCAAACAUGAGAAUUAUGUUUGGGUGAGUGGAUAUAACUGUAAAGAGUUAAACCAAUGUCAGACUGAGCUUCCUUGGGCAGCUAAAGGAGCUAGAGCUCAGCAACAGCAAAGUGGUGACACAGGACCACAUCUGUGAAAGAUUGAGACUGUUCAGGCAAUGGGGCCUUGGUCCCUCCCCCCCAACUGUUUAAAAAAAAAAAAAACCUGCACAAAACCUGGCUAGGGCUUUAACCCAACUGCCUGGCCAACAUAGUAGCUGGGUCUUAUAAACCCCUAACAGUAAUUUUAAACUUCCUUGGGGUUUAUCUGUCCCCUUUGUGCUUACUAAACACCCUGUGUGUAGUCAAGUACUGGUAGCAAAUAGGAUUAAUCUUCUGCCUAAUUACUUAGGUAAGUGGUGUUUGAGUAUAAAACAGUACCCAUAACGCUUGUCUUUAAAAACAUAUACUUUUGCUCCUUUCUCCGUAACUGUCCCAUGACGCAAGGGAUAGCAUUAAACCCCUUUACAUAAUAGGAAAGAUCCACCAUUGUCACCUGGUGCACUUGUUAGAGUUGAGCCACUUUCCUAAAAUCAAAGAGUAAUCUUAAUCAUGUUUUGUAUUAAUGUAAGAUUGGAUAGUGGUAUUUUAGCCAUAUGUAUAUAGAGUAGUCAUUUCAACAGUAAACAUUCUGCUUCCCACUAUUGUGGCCUUUUAACUUAUGAACAUUUUGAAAUUGUGUUGUAUUUCUGUUUUUACAUUUAAUAAAAGCUUUUGACUUGU